ACAUACACCUCUCUCUGUCUCCCUCUUCUUAUCUGUCUAUAUUUCUCUAUCUAAUAAACUAUUUUUUGUAAGAAAUAUACAAGCCAUGCAGAAAACCAACCAAGUAAAGCAUAAAAAACGACAAUCAAUGAUAUUGAUCUCAUGCAGAUACAAUCAAAUAUCGUCACACUGUGCUGAACAUCUUUGUAAAAUGAUACAUCGGAACAAGGUAUUGAAAAGCAUCGACUUGUCCUGGAAUAUAUUAGGCUUGCAAGGCGGACGGCUGUUAUUAAAAGCAAUAUGUGAGAACAAGAUUAUUACCAAUCUUGUUCUAUAUGGAAACUCUAUACCCGAGGACAUCACGCUCGCAAUUAAAAAACAGCUACGAGAAAAUCGUCAUAGAUAUUCCAUCACCGAAAUUGCUUUAUCUGUCGACGCAAAAUUCAUGAAAUUUCCGAUGGGGACGAUGGGAAAGGACUUUAUAAUGUCAAUGUCAACCGGCGAUCUUGAAAUUGCUCAUUCAGAACAAAAGCAUUUAAUAUCAUAUCAAAAAGAAAAAAUCAAGACUGAAAUUCUACAAGCAUCUGCAGAUGUGAAGAUUAACGAUCGAAUUAAUCCUUCAGAAAUAAACUCGAAAAUAAAUACAGAAUUGGAGGACAAUAACAACAAUUCAAACGCAUGCGUAAAUAUUUCCUCGAGAGAUCACGAUAACAACAGGACAAUCGAGACAGAUGCCAAGAUUGCCGAUCUCGGUAAAAUGCUACAGGAACGUACCGCAAUAAUUGAUCUGCUGAACGGUGAGCUCACGAUAAAAAUCGCAGAGGUGGAUGAUAUGCGGGCACAGUUAAACUUGCUGCAGACUGAGAUUAAUCAAUUGCAGGAGGAGAAGGAGAAGUUUGAUUUGGAUAAAGCGAAGGAAAUUGCCGAAUUACGGAAGAGUCAUGAUGAAGCGAAGAAAAACUGGCAGAAGAGUUACGAGGAUUUGAAGAACGAUUAUAAUGAACGUUCGCAAUACAAAAAAGAGGCAAAUUCUAAGAUUCGACAAUAUGAAAGAGAAAUUCACAAAAGCAUGUUGAAGAUUAGCUUACAAAGAGAUAAACUCGUGUCUACUACGCGAGCGUACGAAAAUCUGCUAUCGAGGAACAAGAUUGAGAUGCAUCAUCUGAGAAGAGAAUCCAAAGAGCGUGAUAAUAAACACAGAACCGAACUGAAUAUUCUAAAAAACACGCUAAAAGAGAUUAUGCAAGCUUUCAAAGUUUGCCAGACCAAAUUACAUAAAAGCAGAGGAGAGUCGCACGACUUGUGCGAAAAACAAGGCCUUUUAAAGAGUAAAUUAGACGACGCAGAACAGAAAAUAUUGAGAUAUGCAAAACUGGAAGAAAGUUAUCAGAAGAUAAAAGAGGAGAAGAACAUAUUAGAAGAAAAAUUAGCUGAUUCCCAAAGAAUUGUAUCUUUCUUGCAGUGCCAAGUAGCAAGUUUUCAGAGCGAGUUGAUCGAACCUCAGAGACGUUACAAUUUGCUCAAAGAUGAGCUUGAUCAGAAAAAACAGAUAAGCGAGACAUUAAAACAAGAACUUUUCGAGGAAAGAGCAAGAUUAAAAGAUCAAAAUCUUCAAAUGGAAAAAAUGAAUCAACAGAUCACUGCUCUCAAUAUGCGAUUGAACGAAGUUCAAAUCAUUCACACUGAACUACUCUGUGACCGCGAUAGAGAAAGAAAGCAGCUCCAAGACAUUAUUUCCAGCAAGGAACGCAAUCUCUCGGAGUUACGCGUCGAGGAAGUUCAAAGAGCUGGACAACUUUAUGCAGCUUUUAGCAAAUAUCUGACUUCCAUAGGCCCAAGUCCAAUUUUGUGAUUCUUUCGAAGCAUUAAUAUAUUAUUUAUUUUCAUAAAGAUGGAUAAUAUAAUAACAUAUAAUAUAAUAUGUAAGUCAUACAUAGGUAAAUUUUACAUUAUUGGCAAUUUUCGGCCCAAGCAUACCGGUAUAUCUGAUAUAUCGUAGUUAUGUGUCGAUUCGAAAAACAGUGUUAUUUUGGAUUUAUUCAUAGCAUAGACAGUAUAUAUAUAUUUUAGAAAAUUAGAAAAAGAAAGAAAGCAUCGAGGAGUCUAGCUUUCUCUUUCAAAUGCAGGAGUGGAUUAUAGACAUCCAUGAGGGAGAGGGGGGGAGGAGGAAGCUAUAUUCCUAUAGGCCUAUUCUUUAACUUCGUAACAACUAUGUCGUUAUUGUUAUGCGUCGUUGCGCAGCUAAAACGUAUCGGAAAAUAGCUGUGCAACGACGCGUAACGAUGACGAAUUUAUCAUUAAAAGUUACAGAAUAGGGCUGCUGAUCUCUAUACAUAGCUGAAUACAACCAUAACUAGAUAUGUAAAAUUCUUGGCCCUGAUUGGUCCAAUAAAGGCUUCGAAGCUAAAAAAUAGUUCACAAUUUUAAUAGCUUCCAGUGUUCUAUUGGUCACAGUUUCUCAGCCACGGAUGCUAGUGUAUGUCCAGCUAUGUUUAUCCAGCUAUGUACAGAGAGAUCAAUGCUAUAUCCCUAUUUAGUUGAAUCGAAAGGAGAUGAAGAGAUUCUCUCUCCCUCUCUUUCUUGAAACAUUGCAUUCUCUUUCUAAUUUUGAUGCACAAACUGCUUAUGCUGAAGAUAGGAUACGCGCAGUCUAUAUUUAUUAUGUGUCUAUGAAUUUAUCGCUGGAUAGAGUUUUAGGCAUUCAAUUUUUAGUUUCAAAUUGAGAAGAAGGAUGUCCGAAAAUUCUUGGAAUCUAUCAGCUAUGUCACAUAAUAUGUACAUUCAGCUAUUCGCAUUUCAGCUAUGUAAUAUCUUAUUGUUAGUAACAUCUACAUAUAGAUUUCGUAAUCUUAUUGCUUGUCUAUCGUACUCACAAUCUGACUUUGAUUAUAAGUUUCGUGCACACGUGCGCACACAAAUCGCAAUGCUCAUAUUAUCUCGUAGCAAGUAAAAAGUGCUCUUUCAAAGUUGUUCGCAUGUUUCAAAUAUAGGAACACUAUAUAUUUGGAUCAAAACAAUUAUGUCUCAAAGAUAUAUAAUAUACAAAUUUGUAAAAGCGUGCAGUCAUAUUGUCUCGUUGCAUAUAUGCAUAUAUAUAUUUAUAUAUACAAGUGGCAUAUUCAAAUGUUCUUUUUUUUCAUUUGUUUAUUUUCAUUUUGUUCUCUAUUAUGUUUCUCGUACGAAGUUUCUAAUUAUACUAAGAGAUUAUGCAAUGUUUAGAAAAAUAUACAUGUCUUAUGUAAAAUCUACCUACGCAUGCAAAUCAACUAAGUCUGCGAGUUUGCGAGGUGCAUUUAUAGUAAUUUUGUACCUUUUAUUACAUCUGUUUUUAAUAUAUGAAUUUUAGAAUUCUAGAAUUUUACGUCGCGUCAAGGUUCGAUUGUUUAUUGUAAGAAAACCUUUGGCUUCUAAACUCUCAGUAUUUAUUUAUUAUUGUAAACUAUUACGUCGAUUGAAAAAAAUUUGAAGCGAUUUAAAUAAUGUUUUGCGCAAAAUAAUAGCUCAGUGAAAUUUUAAGUAAAAAACUAGAUUUUUCUGUAGUUUAGUAAUUUCAAUAUAUAUACGAAUAAAAAUUUGGUAUAAUUAUAUUUUUUCUGAAUUAAUUGAAUAAAACA